UUUAUUAUAUAUAUUUAAUAAUUUGAUAUUCUAUUUUAUACCAAAUGAUUAGAAUGAAUGAUUCAGAAAUUAAAUUAAAUUGAAAUGACAAAAAAAUUCUACGGAAUCAUGUAAGAUGGAAAGAUUUUUUGAAUCUAAUUAUUUUAUUCGAUUAUAUUGACAAUUUCAAAAAACUGUUCAUACUAUGAACAUAGUAUGAUGGCAGUUGGGCACGUAUGCCCCCAUCGUCUAGCGGUUCAGGACAUCUCUCUUUCAAGGAGACAACGGGGAUUCGACUUCCCCUGGGGGUAGGGUACUACAAAAGGAAGUUGAUCAUAGAUUAUCAAUAAGACUAAAAUUGAAUUGCUUCUUCCUGGGUCGAUGCCCGAGCGGUUAAUGGGGACGGACUGUAAAUUCGUUGGCAAUAUGUCUACGCUGGUUCAAAUCCAGCUCGGCCCAAUAAUUCGCUCAUCCAUUAUGAGAUGAAGAUAUUUGUCUUCCUAAAACGGCUGAUACGCGUAAUAAAAGAAUCCAAUUUUCUGCUAUAUACCCUAUUUUUUUUUGUUUGCUUUAUUUUUUUAUUCCAGGAAAUGGCAAUUUUGAUCCUAAUAAUGAUCUAGAUUCAUAUUAGGAUCUUUAAUAAGAAAUCUUUCAAUAAAGAAAAAUUCUUUAUUGAAAGAUUUCUUCUCAUUUGAAAUAAGUAAAAUUUACUAGUAAUUCGUGUCGUUAAAAGUCUUGAGUCAAAUCAUAAAAAAAAUGGAUACUGUCUACUUGAGUUCCCGGGGAUUGUAGUUCAAUUGGUUAGAGCACCGCCCUGUCAAGGCGGAAGUUGCGGGUUCGAGCCCCGUCAGUCCCGACGGAUUCAAUAAUCAAUAAAUAUAUCAAUUCAUCUUUCCACUUUUUGGGAAAAGGACGACAAUAGAAUUUGACUUUCAAUAGGAAUUCUUCUAUAGAAUUCCAUAUGCUUCUCGGGAGUACAUGCUGGAAUUUGUUUCUUGUACAAUACACACUUUCACGUUGAAUUUUUCAUAUAUGCGUUGUUAGACCCUUUGUAAUAAAGAAUGAAGACUCCCUUUUUCUUUCCUUCUUAAUUUAUUUCUUAUUUUAAUAAAUAAAAAUAAGAAAUAAGAAUUUUGUUUGUGAUUUUAGUAAAGUUUCAAGUAAAAGUUCUAUCAAAAAAAUAAUGAAUUUGAUGGAAUAUUCCUUUUUUUGUACCAGGACUACUCGUUUUCACACUUUUCUUGGAAGAAAAAGAAAAUGAAAAGGGAUUUUCGAACUUAACCACCUUAACCACUUUUUCCAUUUUCCUUCUAGUUUUUUAUUUAUUGUUUGGGAGGUUUUGUAACCAAUGGAAGUGGGAAAGCGAAACUAGAUGAUUGAACUAGAUGAUUGAUAGUAGAAGGAAGAUGGCGGGUUAUGGAAAAAAGAAUAAAAAAGAAUGAUCAAUAAGGGAAUUCUUGAUUAGCUGACAAAUUCCAUUUUUCUUUUUUUGGAUUCAGUAUGGAUAAAAGAGCUUCCUAUGUUAUACUAUUCAAUUCGCGACAGCGAAUUGAUAUGAUAGUUCAGAUAUUGUUAUUCAUGAUAUUAAUUUGAUUCAAUAUCAUCAAGAUGUAAUUCAUCCCAUUGAAUUCAAAUUUACAGGUAAAAGUUUUAUCAUCUCUAUGGGAUUAAAUCCCGAGUUAAUGCGAAGUAAAAAAACAAUGAGAUUAUGGAAGUAAAUAUUCUCGCAUUUAUUGCUACUGCACUAUUCAUUCUAGUUCCUACUGCUUUUUUACUUAUUAUCUAUGUAAAAACGGUCAGCCAAAAUAAUUAAUUUGAAUGAAACUUGACUUCGUAGUUCUUUAUCAAUGAUUGAAAAAUGGAAAGAAAAAAAAGGAUUCAAAUUUCGUUUCUUAAUUGAAAUGAGCAGGCUAGAAUCCGCAAUAUUCGAUGAGAUUAGA